AGUUCCGAGGUGUGCCCCUCGGUCAGGUCUGGAGAUCUGCUGAGAGAGAGAGAGAGACUCAGAAGGGUUUAUGCUUUGCUUCCUUCCUCUCCGGACCUGGGGACGAUCACUCUGCAAGUGAAAGCUCACUCUUUUUUGUCUCUGCUUCCGCCAUUGUUGAAGACCCCAUGAGGCUCCUCCACUCCUUCGCAGCGGGGCGGACCUCGUUGUUCCGAGCACUUGGGCGGCGCCACUUCUCCGUGGCCGCCGCAGGCCCCUCCGAGGAGCUUUCCCGGCGCAACUACGCCAACAACGUCUCCGAGUACAACACCGUCGUCAGCUCCAUCACUAGCCAGCGCAGGUACUUCUUGCUGAGAGAUGUGUAUGAUGACAUGAUGCUUGACGGGCUGCAACCGACGCGGGACGUGUUCCACUCGCUGGCUGUCGGGACGAUGAGAGGUAGCCGCUUGCAGGAUGCUUUCUUCUUCAGAGAUCAGAUGAAGUCCAUGGGUUUGAUUCCCGAUGUGGCUCUCUACAACUUUUUGAUCUCCACCUGUGGGAAAUGUAAAAACUCAGACCAGGCAAUUCGGAUUUUUGAGGAAAUGAAGAAAUAUGGAGUGAAGCCGAAUGGACAAACAUAUGUAUGUCUGCUUAAUGCAUGCGCAGUGGGAGGGCGGUCAGAUCAAGUUAUGGGAAUUGUUCGUGAUAUGACUGCCGAUGGAGCCAGCUUAAACAAAUUCUGCUAUGCCGGACUCAUUAUAGAUCAAAAGAAUAAGACUCCCGUGACACAAGAUACAGCAGCCAAGAUCAUUGAGCUUGUUGAGCAGUCAAAGGGGUGGUCGCCUGAAGGGCUUACUAACACAGCUGAAAAUUCCAUGCUUGGUGUUUCUGAAGAAGAAUUAUACAACAUGCCGACUGCUGAAUAUGUUUCCAGGCGUGGAGUGUUCUUUAACAGGCAACUGACAGUCUAUCAUGUUGCCUUCCAUGCUUGUGCAGAUCUUCGGAAUGUACAGGCAACUGAAACGCUUUUGGAGAUGCUGAAGAAUGAUGGGAAAAUUCCAGAUAUAUUUAUUGUGAUGCAAGUUAUGAGGUGCUAUCUACUUUCUGGUGACCUUGAUAAAGGUCUUAAGACAUUUGAAGAAUAUCUGGAUUCAGGGAGACCCCCUACUAUUGAUCUCUUUGUGACACUAGUAGAAGGAGCCAUGGUCGGGUAUACUCCCAGGGGAAUGGAACUUGCUCAGGAGACAUUGAAUAAGAUGAACGCCAGGAACUUCUUCUUGAGCCCGAGAAUGGGCAGUGACCUCCUCCUUGUUGCUUCCGGAGAAAAAACUGGUGGAUUUACCACGGCCAACUUUAUAUGGGACAUGAUGCGAGCUCGCAAAAUUACUCCUUCUCUCCCUGCUGUGGAAGCUUAUUACAAGGGUUUAAAGGACCGAGAGAUCCCUGAAGACGACCCACGCCUCUUCGCAGUUUCUAAGAUUUAUGAUGACCUCCGGCUGAGAUUCGGAGCAGGGCCCCGCCAGAGAAAUUGAUGUGAACGGUCUGUCCAUUCCAAGCAGCACCAUGAGCUGAGAGAUUUUGUUUGGGCGUUCAUCUUCUUCAGCACAUCCCAAGGAUGACCUGGGUUGGCUCGGUAAUGACCUCUAUUGGAUAGCUUUUGAAGAUUACUGUUCUUUAGGCCAAGAAAGUGAGCGUUCAAGUUAUGUACUUUUCUCUAACCAUUAAUGGAUAGAGCCCAUUUGAGUUUUGAAGUUAUCUGCUGAGAAUAAGCUCCGCCGAGAAUAAUCUCUUGUAUUCUAUUUAUGGUAGGACUAGAAAAUAGAUCAUUUAGAUAGGCUUUCAUGCAAUUUUUGUUCUAUUAACGGACUCCGAUUCUUCGCGUAAUGUGGCAUCAUUUGCUGUUCUCAUUUAAUGAUGUGAUCUCUCACUA